AUGGACCAUGGCCCAGUAGUAGAUGAAGGUAUCACCGAAGACCUACAGAAACUCCAGUCGCUCCUCGAUGACGGCGUGAUCACUGAGAGUGAGUUCACGGAGAAGAAGCGCCAGCUCCUAGAUCAACCCGCGACGCGUGCGGCGCCGCCGGGCGAGACGCCGCCACCCCCCAAGAAGAUUAAGGCCGCGCCGCCGGCCGCGCCACCAGCGAACGAGCCGUCGCUCCCGCUGGGUUACUACGAGCUCCGCGACGCGGGCGACGACGUGGUCGGCUACCUCGUGCUCUCGGUCUGGAAGAGCAGUGGCGGCUUUUUUGGCAUGAUGACGUUGACGGACGGUGAGUGGGAAGUUGACGAUUACGACGGGGACUCGAGAACGCUCCUGCCCGUGAUCUCUAGUCGGUCGGGAUCUCAACGCUGGAGCUUCGCUGACGGCCAGUUCCGCUUUGAUCUCGAGGAGGACGCGUCCUACAGUGGCACGGUGAGCCUGCGCGUCUUCCCCAACUCCGGCAAUCUGGCCGUGACCUGGGAGCUCGAGAGCUGCGACUUAGAUUAUGAUUGGAGCCACCGCGGCGAGGCGACGGCGCGCCCGACGGCGGCGGGCGCGGCUCGGCAGGCUUUUCGGAUGAUCAGCGACACCAGAUCUGUGCUGACGGGCACGGCGACGCGGGAGCACUUCGACAAGGGCCCCUGCACCUAG